CACCGAAUCCUGAAAGCCGGGACCCACCAAGCACAGCCUCGCAUCGGCGGAAGCCUCUGUGUCUUCCCCGUCCCCUUCCCCUCGUCUAAAGGGGGGCAACGACCGCCGUCGGGCAGCCAUUCCCCUCGCCUCCAGCUCCGCCUCGCCCACGCUGCUGCUCUUCCGAGUGCUCUUGGGGGCGCGGACGAGGGCGCCCGCGCGAGGGGGAAGAGGCAGUGAGAGAAGGAGGCGCGUCGACAAUGGUGGACUGUAUUAGCGAUAGCGACGAUAGUGCCAAGUUUGAGUGGGAAAGUGAUAAUGAGGCUGAGCCCUCGUCAGCUCCAGUGUUGAGGAACUUUGAUGCUCCUGGCCCGUCCACGGAUGCUAAUGGGUGGGCUAAUGGGGAUGCACCGUCUACUUCUUUAGUUGAGGAAUAUGUGGGAAUGGGUUUCCCAAAGGAGAUGGUCCUGAAGGCUAUCAAGGAGAUUGGGCAUAAUGAUGCAAACGCAUUGCUCGAACUUCUCCUCACGUACAAGGUACUAGGUGAGGACCCUACAGUGGGUAACUGCUCUACUUUGGGCUGUGCACCCCAGAGUGUUGAAGAUGACGAUGAUGGUGAUCUUGAUUCUGAAGACUGGGAUGACGAAGAUGAUGCUGAUGGUGGGGAGCCCAAUUUUGAUAGUUCUGGUGAUGAGGAUUUUCUACAAGAGAUGUCAGAGCACGACAAGAAGAUCAAGUCCUUAGUGGAUAUGGGCUUUCCUGAAGAUGAAUCAAAUAUGGCUAUUGUUAGAUGUGGUGUGGAUGCCGCUCUCACUGUAUUAGUUGAUUCGAUCUAUGCAUCACAGGCUGCAGGGGAUUGUAAUUCUAGGAACUCAUCUCAUCAUGAGGUGUGUGAUUCCUUUGGAGGGAGAAGAAACAAAAAAAAGAGGAAGCAAUAUGGAGGUGGAGCACAAGGAAAUCGACCUUCUGAGUGCCAUGAAGAACUUAUGCCUCUCCCUAAUCCGAUGGUUGGGUUUAGUCUGCCUACUGCAAGGCUACCUUCAGUCAGUAGAAGGCUUCCCAAACAAGCUACUGGACCUCCUUUUUUCUAUUAUGAAAAUGUGGCCCUAGCUCCAAAAGGCGUGUGGACAAUUAUUUCAAGAAACCUAUAUGACAUCGCGCCAGAGUUUGUGGAUUCUAAGUACAUGUGUGCAACUGCCAGGAAAAGAGGUUACGUCCAUAAUCUGCCAAUUGAGAACAGGUCACCUCUCCUUCCCCUCCCUCCAAAGACCAUAUUUGAGGCCUUCCCUCAUUAUAAGAAGUGGUGGCCUUCAUGGGACCCAAGAAGACAGCUCAACUGCGUGCAGACAUGUGUGUCAAGUGCUAAGUUGACAGAGCGGAUCCAAUGUGCUCUUGCAAGGUCAGGCGAUCCACCACCUCUACAUGUGCAGAAAUAUGUCAUGCAUGAGUGUAGGAAAUGGAAUCUUGUCUGGGUUGGCAAGAACAAGGUCGCUCCUUUGGAGCCUGAUGAGAUGGAAUACCUACUUGGUUACCCAAGGGACCACACAAGGGGAAUCGGCAAGACAGCGAGGUACAAAUGUCUUGGCAAUUCAUUCCAAGUUGAUACGGUUGCUUACCAUUUGUCAGUUCUGAGGGACAUAUUUCCCAAUGGCCUGAAUGUGCUCUCUUUGUUCACCGGUAUUGGAGGAGGAGAGGUAGCUCUCCACAGACUUGGUAUCCACAUGAAGACAGUUGUUUCUGUAGAGAUUUCUGAAGUGAAUAGGAGGAUUUUGAGGGGUUGGUGGGAUCAGACUCAGACAGGCACAUUGAUUGAGAUUCCUGACGUGCAGUCUUUCACUAGUGAUAAAAUUAGAUCAUUCAUUCGAAGAUUUGGCGGCUUUGACUUGAUUAUCGGGGGAAGCCCAUGCAACAACCUUGCCGGCAGCAACCGCCACCACCGAGAUGGCUUGGAGGGCGAACACUCUUCUCUGUUCUACCACUACCCCAGGAUUCUGGAUACUGUCAAGGAUGUUAUGGCGGGGAUGUAGCCUAAUUAUCGAAGUGCCUGUUUUAUCAUUUAGUAGUUAUCUUUAGUAACAACAACUUGAUCUAAAGUUCAAACACUGGGUUCAUGAGGAUGUUUAUCUGGGAGACAGAUCACAUGAACCUUUAGCAAUAUAAUUUGUUGUUGUUCUUGUUAACUCAUUUAGAAUAUUCUCAUCUUUAUUUGAAGAAAGUGUACCUGGUCCCUUCAGCUCUUUUCAGGGUCUAAUUUCAUUCUCAACUCCAAACUUGUUUACCUGACAUCACCAACUCUCAGAAACAGGUACUAAAUGUGAGUCUGGAUUAUUUUUUUCAUUAGCCUGAUUUAUACUGAUGUAUGUGAACUGAGAAAAGAGCAAGAAGCUCAGAGUCAAAACAAAUAACUGAGGAGAAGAUGCAUGAGCAUAGUUCAAAGAAGGGUUUUCUGCCGGGAGGCGCUUUGGAUGAUAUGUUCGACUGCAGUAGAUUUAUGUCGUGCCAUUUUCAACUCAGAAGGUGGGCUGCGGCUUCGGAGUUGAUCAAAAGGAACAAAUCCCAAUUUGAUGAACACUAACAUGACCACGUGGUCUGAUUGUUCAAGAUGGCAGAUUAUAUUAUUUUUUUUCAGUACUUCGCGACCGUGAUAUACUUGCAAUGUUGCUCUAAUGUAAUACUGCAGUUCCAGUACAAAGGAUACUUGUGACAACAUUUUGGAUUUUUGAAGUAUCAUCUUUCAAUGAAUUCCUUUUCUGGUGAUUUCACUGGAGUAACUAAAACAUGGGAAGAUUUGAUACCGCUGCAGUUCCUGUUGACUGAAAAAAGGUGAAGUCAUGAGAAUGUUGCUUGGUUGCUGCUCCAGAAUGCAUUACUUUUUGCCAUUGGGUUUCAUAUCUAUUUGCUAGCAACUUGUAAAGCAAACUUGUAUUUGUUAGCUUUUCUGUGGGUAUAUAUACAGCGACAACUGAGAAUUA